AUGGAAGUUACAAGUGGCGCUGAAGAGGGUUUUGUGAGAGAAUGGACCCCUUGUUCACAUAUCUUGAACUUGAUUCCUGCACGGAUACAAAACGGAUUGUUUUCUAAUGAGCUCUGCUUGACUUGUGUGGAUGCCGUGAGUGAAUACAUCGCGCUCGGCACUAACGUUGGACUGGUUUACUGGUACGACAGAAAAAAGGGAAAUAUACAGCGACUAAGAUGCGAGGCGUCAACAACUCCGAUUACUUAUGUCAAGAUAGUGAGUACAGUGGAUUACAUGGUGGGGGCAGGCAACGCCGCGGGGCAAGUCACUGUGUUCCAGAUCCCUAAGGAACAUCCUGAGAACCUGCCGGAUAACUUCAAGCCAAAGGUCGAACCUAAAGUGGAGAGGUACACAAUAGGGGAUCUACAUAAGAGUAAGAUAACGGCAAUUGAAUGGUCAAAGAAUGGGAUGAGGUUGUUCUCGGGAGAUAAGAAUGGUGUUAUUAUAAUGACUGAAAUUGACUUCUACAUGCAUCUGUGCAAGUCAAUGGAAAUAGUAAAUGAGGAGCAUGAGAUAGUACAAAUGAGUUACUACCAGAAUGCUCUGUUGGUGUCGAGCUUGUAUAGAAGCAUUGUUUGUGAGAGACAGGAUGCUAAGUGGAGUGUUACACAGCUCGGGAAGAAGGAACGGAAAACUCUGUGCGGUGUAGGCGCGGUGUGGCAACACUCGUACGCCCGCGGCGGUGGGGCGGCGGCCUAUUGUGCCCGCCGGGGGCUCCGCGUGUGGAGGGCUGACAGGGACGGAACUGUACAACAGACACUACUGUUCAAGGAAGCCAUAUCCAAUCCAUUGACGGUAGCGGAGCUUCUCAAUCCGUCUCAGAAGAAGCACUCUCACGCUGAACGGGAAUAUAACUUCGGUCCCCUGUUCGUGUUUAGAGAACACUUCUUGGUGUCUCACAACGAACACAUCCUGUAUAUCCUGGACCCGAGGUCAUUGACCGCCGUCGCUGUUGUUGACGACUUGAGAAGGAUCCUGUCGGUGUCUGUGAGUCGUGAGGAGGUGUUCGUGUUGGAGGGUCCACGCUCGCUGGUCCGCCUCGCGCACGCUCCGGACAGAUACGCACACGAGGAGGUUGCGAGUGUGAUGUCCAAGUCGUUGUCGUCGUCCCUCCAGCAGGCCGUGAGCACGGUGAAGGAGCUGGCGACCAUGAGCGUCCUCGAACAACCGAUAGCCAUGUUCACGAGGAACGAGACCGUCACACAAGUAGCGGACGCCGAGGAGUGUCUAGAACUACCACCCAUCAAACAUCUGCCCGACGACAUAUCGAACAACGUGUUAGAAUCCAUCAUCAACGAGUUCAGGGACGUGUCCAGCGAGGCGGAACAGAUCAGACGCGCCAGGACCGAGGAUCUGCAGAGGAAACUGAAGAUAUACAACAGCAUCAUGGAUCGGAAGUACGACGACACGCUCAUAUACAGCAGCCGCAGGACCAGGAGGAGGGACGCGGCGCCGGAUGUGACGAAGAAGAAUACUUGCACCCAUCAGGAAGAAUCCAACGGCGUUGAUAGAACAGACUUCGUUACUAGCUCGUGUGUCAUGGAGGACAGUCUAUACGGAGACUUGUCGACACAGAACGACGAACUACUGGAGCAGCAGAUAGAAGAAAAGGAGAAGAUCCUCGCUAAGAUGCUCAACCUGGAGUCACUGAGUAUCAAGAGUGUUACACCCGCGGAGGAAGAAAAUAAAUAUGAUAAUAGAACAGUCUAUAUAGAAGAUACGAGACCCUUCGAUAUGAAGAUACACACGGCCGAGAAGAAUAUCACAAAACAGGAGAACUCAACACCCAAGAAGGUGGACCCCGGGGAGCUGGUUCCCAGGGUCGUGAAGCUACCGAACACCUGGAACCUGGAAAAUAUAGAGCUACAGCUGGACGUAAAGAACGGAACCAAAGAACAAACAAACAUACAGUCACCCGACGAAAACUUGGACAGCGAGUGGGAGGUCAUAUGA